UCUAUUGUAGGAAUAGGCAAGUUUCUUGUUGACUGAAGGUGAUCGUUAUGUUAUCCAGUUCAUAGGUGUUCAUUUCAGUUUCAAAUUUAUCAUUCUGGCAAUGAAGCUCCGAGAUUAAACGUUGUGGUUAGACAGCGAACGAAAGAAUAAUAUCUAAUGGUGAAGAGAAACAUGGCAUCAUCGAGCAGAGGAAUUCAAAUAGGCUCUGCAUGGUUCCAGAGAAAAGUUAAACUUCGACCUCAACAUAGAGGCAUUCAUCUCGUAACAGACGAAAUCAUUAAGGAAGUACCUGAACUUAGACAAUUUGCCGUUGGACUGGUACAUAUCCAAAUUCUCCACACAUCUGCCAGCCUGGCUCUGAACGAGAACUGGGAUCCGUAUGUCAGAGAUGAUAUGGAGAUGAUGCUCAAUAAAAUAGUGCCUGAGGGGAUGCCUUACCGCCACUCGUGUGAAGGCCCUGACGACAUGCCAGCCCACGUGAAAGCCUGCUUUAUUGGCUCCUCUCUCACUGUGCCGAUAGCUGAAGGCAAACUACAUCUUGGCACAUGGCAGGGCAUCUGGUUGUGUGAGCAUCGCAACGAUGCUGGGCCUCGCAAGGUUGUAGUGACCAUCAACGGGUGUCUGAGGGACCGCAGCACACCUGUCUCCCCCAUGAGUCCAAUGGCCAGCACAAGCAGCUAGUGACGGCUAGCGCAGGGCGACCUGCUUCACCAGCCUCCUCAUCGUUGCGACGACCGGCAGCGUCAGCCUAGUGCUGACCCCGUCACUGCUGCCGCUGCUGCUGAUGAACAUGACGAUGUGGGCACUGCAAGCAGUGGUGCUGGAGGCAGAGUUGUGCCGGCCGUCCUGCCCCUUUCAUCCCGGCGAAGGCCGUCAGCUGAUCGCCGUAGACAUACCGUCUAUGCAAUGAACAGUUGGUCGCCAGUUGAUCUCUAACUAUUUACUUGAUGGAUGGUGCGCUGAUGGUGUUGAAUAGUGACUUGGAAUACCAGGAAGAAUGGAUACGGUUUGGUCAUUCCCAUUUAAACAUUUACAUGUGUGUUGGUAUGAAAGUUUUUGUUACAAAAAGAGAUUCUUUUGAUGGGCAGUUCGAAGCCCGCGAUCAACUGUAAACUGUCAUUAUUUUGGCAGUAUCUGUAUUGCUGUUUAUGGUAUGAUAGGUGGGUGUUAAUUGAUGAAUCAUUGAUCUGAGUGAGCCUGUCAUUGUAAUUCAUCUGAGUGAUCUGUCAUUAUAAUUCAUGUUGAGCGUGAUAACCAUUUUUCGUGAGAAGUUAGUAAAGUACUGCAGCUAUUCUCCUUCCAAUUAUAGAUCUUUAUUGUAUAGCUUAUAUAAUCGCUGGCUUCCACCCGCCGCCGCCGCUAUUGUAAUAGAUGCCCUAAUCUGCUCUGCUUAGCGGACGUGGUCAGCUUAUGAGUUCAGAGAGAAAAAUUGUUGUUAUAUAGUUGGAGGUCUAUGUUGAGAGUAUGUAGUUAAUUAUUUUAGACCCCCAUGAAUCACUUGGUUGAAUAUAUAUCUCUUUUUAAUUCGGGUUAUCGAUCGAAGCUCAUUCCAUUUCAAAACUAUAGUAGAGGAACGAGAUGUCGAGCUGGAUGUUUGUCUUUCUAAAGCUUGGAACCUGGUUCAAAACACAUAUUCAUUCUUAACGUUAGGAUGACUAAAAUUUGCAAUGCUGCCGGCAGCAGCAGGUGACAGCGUUAAAAUUUGUCAUUCUAACGCAAGGAAUGAACGUGUCUAUACAGAUUCCGAGAUACCAUCUGAUGUUAAAGCUUGCUCUUGCCCUGAUGUGGAAGUCGUAGUAGGAGCGCAGAGUUGUGGUUAGGAUACCAGACGGUUAUGCGUUUUACCUUGAUCUCAUCACUGCACUUUACUCAUCUCAGAGAGUCUUCGGCUUGGUAGAAUCCUAAACUCAUCACGGCACUUUACUUAUCUCAGUGAGUCUUUGACUUGGUAGAGUACCGCAUGGCCUUCCUUCCCGCCGUGCAGCCAUUCUGUUUUCACAUGAAUGCAACAACGGCAUGGGUUUUGGAGCAAUUUUAGUCCUAUCAUUUACAUUAAUUGUCAAUUAACUCAAAUAUUUUAUGGUCUCUUAAGUGCUUUCUCAGGCUCUCAGCUCUCUACCAUCAAUUUUUACUACUGAUGACCCCUUUGAUUAGAAAUCGUUCGCUGUAGUAUGUUCGUAAAUUAUUUUGAAAAGCUUGGCAUGUGGGGAGCUUUAAACUUCACCGUUCAUUUCGGUUUGCAAAUAAUAUUACCUCAUGCAAUAGCAAGAUGUAGAAAUUUUGUACAGAAAAGCUUAUUGUUGAUGUUACAAAGACUUAAUGUUUGGUAGUGCGAGUCAUGCUUUUGAAGGUCGUCGUGUUUCGUCUGACGCUCGGGGCCAAUGCUUAAUUAGCUGCUAGUGCGUUGUUGUCAUCAUAGGGUUGAAGAAAGCGAUCCUCUUUCUUCUGGGGAACACGUAAGAUAAAGCUUUAUGUGUCCAUGACCCUGUAGUUGCUUAUUUAUAGAUAUUGUUGUGUAAAACUAUUUCAAAGUAGAUAUUUUAUAAAUAGGCGCUGCUCAAAUUUUGCGGCGAUACAUCAAUAACGUAGGUAUGUUGGACCAGAGUUUUUCCUUCAUAUACUCUCGGCCAAGAGCAGUUUUGAAUAUUAGUUUUCAUAUCAUUUCAACAAGCGUAAAAUAUUUGGCGAAUUUUUCAUUCUUUUGAGUGCUACUUCACUUCGUACGAAUGACUUGGGUAUUUCUGCUACCAAUCACGUUGCAAAGUUCCUGUGAAAUUCACACAAGAAUGUUAUUCUGAUGAAUUUUUAGACAAUAUUGUAAUUUUUAUUACUCACUUGAGUGUAUUUAGUCGUUUGAAGUUAAUAUUGACUUAUCUAGUUAGCACGAAAGCUACUGCGUCAUGCCAACCGUGACCUACACACCGCGCGUAUCCCAGAAGAAAUCGACUUGUAGGGUCUGUUUGCUGCUGCCAGAUAUCAGUUCUGCCUUAGCUUGUCCAUCCUGAAUACUUAUUAAGCGUGCUGUUCUAGUGCUUGUGUCACUUGAAGAAUUAGUAACGUGACUGCUUUACUUAUUGUGUCGUGUGGAGUGAUAUUGACUUAUAUUCGCAUCGGUGUUGUUGCCAUCCAGCUUGUUGACAAUUCAUUAUAUUCCUUUAAGCUGUUCAAAUUUUUUUGAUUAUCUUGAAAAACCUUACUAUUAUUGUUAAUUUUAUUUUUAAUGAGAUUUUUAUAAUGUUAAUAAAACUCGUAUAGAUCGUACCGUCAGAUUAUAUUCCUCUGAAUAGGUCUUAGACCCAGCUAAAAUUUUUGUUAUAUCUAUUCUUUUCAACAAGUGCGCAGCUAAGACUUUGUUUUAUACAUGGCUUAAUAUUCGUAGGAUUGACUAAAUUGCCAAGUGGAAGGAGGAUAAUUCUGAUGUCUUCAUCCAUGGUGAAAUAAAUCAAUCGAUCUAAUCUAAUAUUUGAGCUUCUUUAUUAUAAUGUCUCGUUUCCAAUGUACUCUUUGAUUGUGGAUACCGUACUUUAUCAUUACUUUUUAUCCUCCUAUCAUUGUUACUCGAAAUCAGAUUGCAAGCCUUGCUGUUGAUUGUGCGCUAGUAGUAAGCUUAUGUCAUCACGAGGUGUGCCCGUGUCGGCAGUUGUUGAGCUCGACUUGACUAAGCCUCGUCUGUUUGCUUGUUGACACUCGUAGCUGUGCACUCACCUCGCUUCUUCUUGGUGCCAGCGAUCGGUAGCGCGCGCAUCUGGAAACCGACUCUCUUUUCUUGUGCCGCGUUGCCCUUUAGUGCUGAUUGACAAAUAUUACCUAGCGGAAUUCAAUUUUUUUAAGUAUCCCAGCCUUGCUCCACUAGCUGUAAUCUGACAUAUUUUGUGUGCCGAAAUUCAGUACGCCGAGCGUGGAAAUAGAAUAUUGAAUCUGAAUUUAAUGGUUUUCGGCAAUUUAGUACGAAUUAACAAUGCUAGAUACUUUUCAAUAGACUUUAUUACUUACUGUACCGAAUUUAUGGAAAAUCACUUACAUGGAUCGUUUAUCAGUCACAUCUGAGUUGUACUUAAUAGCUUCCAUAACAGCUUCUUGGCAGAUGUCAACGCUUGUUUCUUUCUAUAUUGAUUUAUUUUUGCUUGUCUAGUCAGGCUUUAAGGUUAUCCUGCCACUCGUAAACGCAAGUGUAUUCUGUUACGCUCUAUUUGUCUGUCAUGAGUUGGCUCGCCAAAUUCAAAAUUUGUGUAUUUACCUUCAGAAAUGUAUAGACGUUUUUUAUGUCACUUCUGCAGGUCUCGCUUUGCUACAAAAACUAACUUAAUCUGGAAGAUAUGCACGUAUAGAGUUUAUAGUAAAUCAAUUGAUUGACCAUAUUGAUUUGUCUGAGCUAAUGCUUGAUCUAAUGCUCCAUUAAGUAAAUGGUGUGCAUUGAUGCUGCGUACGCAUGAGAAGCUGGUUCGAAUACUGUGCAGUUUAUGAUUCGCAUCGUGCGUGCUUUCAACCACUCUAUAUCUGGUAUAUCUUGAUUGUUUGAUUCAAGUAACAUCUCUUUGACCUGCACUCCCCAUCAACUCAAUUUUGUAGUUGAACUGUUUGAAUUCAUUGACCUGCUGCCAAGAAAUUUGUGGUGCACCCAUAAUCUGCCUCGUUUAGCCGGAUGGUCUUCUUGCUGCCUGGCAGAAACAUGUGUGGGAAGAGGGAACAGUCGGCGAUCUUGAAUGCUGUGCGGCACAUUUGCCCGGUCGGCAUCUAGGCUUUCUUUCUUGCAUCGACUCCGUUUUCUCACGAUGCUCUGACUUACCGAGAUGGUAAUUUAUGCACAAGUCAUAAUUUUUUCCUGUAAACCAAGAUUUAUUGUAUAUUUAAUUUCUUCUUGUAUUACAUCUGAGUAAGAGACCCAAGUAUGUUUUGAAGAGAAACUUCUUUCUCUGCAUGCAUGUCUACUUCAGAAAAAUUUAUGAUCCUCCAUUCCAGUGUGAAAGGCGAAACUAUUGAGACUAUUGACUUAUUCCACGAUGCUUCCUUUAAACUUCAGGUUAAUUCACAAUUCUGCGUGCAUCCUUUUUACCUAUAAUUAGCUAAUAAAGAUAAGUUUGCCAAGUAGAACAUGAAUGAGAAUGUUAUCACCUACUUUUGUUAAUUUCUUUAAUCGAACAGCUUGACACCAAACUUGUCAAGACUGUGUCAAAAUUAACCCCAUUCGUACUAUUCGUUAACAAAUAUCCAGUUGAUGCAAACAUUUCUUAUAUUGCUUGCAAUGGAACGCACGAUUCUUUUUGGAAACUAAUCGUUGUAUUGUAACGGAUGCUGUAAAUUAGAACGUAAGUCUGGGUAUUGAAUGAAUGUUUUACAUCCAGUAAUUUUCCAACGUUUUUACAUCUCUAGGUAGAUAUUAUUUCAGUGCACUGCCCUGGAAACGGUCAUGCUAAUACUGCUAUUUGCGUAGAGAAAAUUGCAUUGAAGAAAAACCCUGUAUUAGUUGAUUGCUUAUCAUUGUUGGCAUCCGUUAUCACAGCAAGGUGAUCCACUCAUGGUAGCAGUUGAGUUUUAAUGAACGAAAUAAAAGCCGGUCUCCUCUCAUUUGCAGUUUGUUUUUGGUCUUGUCAACUAUCAGCAACUAAUAAGUUGUGUUAUAGACUCCUAAUGUGCGCACGAUCGACAAUCUGUGAGAUUCUAAAUUGUAGUCUUCUGCGACUUGUGAAUAUUUCGUGUCAGCCGCUGUGAAAUUUUGUGAACUAAAUUAGUCUUGUUUUUCGUGUGUCUUCAUUUGUUUGAACGCUCGUGUAAUCUAAGUCAUUUGUCCGGAACACUUACUCAGAAGGUUGCAAUGAAGCGCCGUCUCGAUUUAUGACGUCCUCGCGACCACCGAGCGUUAUUGUAACUAAGCCAGGAAUAUUUGUGCUUCCGUGUGACUUGUUCUGCCGAAAUGCGAUUCCAUGUAUUCUUAUUUAGCAACGCUAAAUAAGCACUCAUUGAGCUUAUUUGCACUCACGUCUCCAUGCGCGUUUUUUAUGUGUUAAGUCCAACGUAUCUCCUGAGGAGUUGCAGUACAGAAACAUUCACGCAUUUAAUGCAAUAACACAUUGGCAGAACACAUUCAUGUGGCUCGGCUACCAAAUGCCUUGUGCAUGGCGUCUCAAGAGAAUACGCAGCUAAAAUGUCGGGAGGAAUUCAAGCUUAUGCUUAUUCUCGAGUUUGCUUCCUAGUCAUCGGUCGAUCGUUGCUUGUCUUUCAAGAACAUAGUGCGUUUUCAUCUUCUGCUAAUGUCUUUUUUAUAGUUCUUAUUUACCCAACCACAUGAAAGUAAGUAGCUACUUCUGUACAUUUAUAUCUACUAAGAUGGCUAGGCUGGAGCCACUGUCUGAACAGAUUGUGUGUAUAGAAUAUAUAUAUACUUCAUUGUUUGUGAUGCGUAGAGCUUUUUACAUACUGCGGUCCAUCGUUUUCUAUUGUUGAAGUGAGGUGAUCUAGGUACGCUUAUCCCUGUACCACCCAAAAGGACCAAUUGGUCUGUUUGUUACAUUGAAACCUAAGAUGUUGAGCAGGCUGAUCGGUAUGCAGUGAUAGGCAGCCUUUUUUAGGUUCUUAUGAGCCGCCAAUCAACAAAAACUUCGCAUCUCAUCAGCUUUGGAUGCCCAUACUCUGUAGUCUAUACAUAUUCGCAGGUAUUGGAAAACCAGGCAUUGCAUCUGCAACGGAGCAUUGACUGGCUGCUGACUUAGCCAUUAGAUUAUGUACGUUUGCAAGCUGCUGGCGGGUGCUGUCGAUGCGGGUUGGGACAAACGGUGCAUAGAAUCUCGGGCAAUACAUCUGCCGUGGCAGAGUUCGUUAUUUCUGCGAGAAAUAGUUUCGAAAGGUAAUUUUUCUGAAAUAUUUAGACAUUCCGUAUUCGAAGUUGAUAUAUAACGUAUCGGGUUCUGAAAUUUAGCUCCGGGAGAAAGACUCGAAUUUCAAAUACUUCUGUUCCCUUCCGAUGCGCAUUUUUUGAAGGCUUGCUAUUUGACCCCCGCGAUCCGGUUGAAGCUAAGAAUUUAGUCUCAUCUUUUUAUUGCGUGCGUGAUGUUUCAGGCUUUAUCUCUUCGUACAAGUCUGCAACGGGUUUAAUGCUCUAAUGUUAAUCAUCUAAGAUUUUCUUUCCUUUUAAUUACAUUAUAUCCGUAUUCAAGUUAUAUUUAGCGUACAAGUCGGUAAUGCAUAAUUUUUUUCUAUAACGUUAUAAGAUUGACUUGUGCGCAGUACGUUAUCUUUUCUAAUUACAAGUUUAUCUGUGGAAUUGGCGGGAAAAUAAACUAAUCUGUAAUCGGUAUCUUUGUUGCACUUUUCAAUGUCGUACUAUCUGCAUAUAGACCGUAGGCCGCUAACUCGAUUGCUGGCAGUACAAGCAGCUAUUUUUACCGCACUCAUUAUCGACGAGAAAAUGAGCGUGCUGCGUGGAAUACAAUUUCUUAAUUUACUCGAUUUCUUGAACUUGUUCUUCUAUAGCAGCGAGCCAUUCUUGGAUGAAUUGAUACUUCAUGCUUGAGAUAUUAUGCUUGCUUGGAGAACACGAAGAUUAUUUGUCUCGGUCGUGCGCGGCGAGUGCUGUGUUCAUAAGAUGCUCUGUGGCUGCUUGAACAGCCAAGAGGUCCUGUAGGUUCAUUUCACACUUCGUAUCGUAGUUCAAAGCAAGUAAUUCUACGGAAAUGAAUGGUGUAGCUCUUAACUUAGAUGCUGUACUUCGUCACGUGUAUUGUUGAAUUUAUCGCGGAAAGCUCGCGAACUUUGAAGACGUUGAUAUAAAAUAUAAUGUAUUGCAAUUAUUCACUUGGCGAUUUGUUUAAGAAAUAUUCACAGAAAUUUAAAACUUUGCUUCAAAACAAUCACGCUUCCUUAUUUUGUUAUCCAUGUCUUUGGAACUAUUCAUUAAAUAUAAUAUUUUCUUCUUUUAAA